GUUUCAUGCAAUGGGAUCCGGCGGCCCAUUCUACCAGGCUGUCUCGACCGCUGGAUUGGAAUCCAAGGAAUGUUGUCGUAAUAUAAUUGCCCGCGAUGCCGGCCAGGUGGGGGUCUGGGGGUUUUUUCUCGCUCCUUCACAGCCUUCCGCUUUCCAUUUCCCAAGUAGACUAGCGGAGGGCUCUUGUUCUUUUGAGCGCCGUCGCAGGGGAAACGAAAGGAUUCGGAUAUGGAGCAGACCUUUAUCAUGAUCAAGCCCGAUGGCGUCCAGCGAGGACUGGUUGGUGAGAUCAUUAGCCGAUUUGAGAAGAAGGGUUUCUAUCUGAAAGGCUUGAAGCUUAUGGCCGUGGAGCGCUCCUUUGCUGAGAAGCACUAUGCCGAUCUCUCCUCGAAGCCCUUCUUUCCUGGGCUGGUGGAGUACAUCAUAUCCGGCCCUGUGGUCGCGAUGGUGUGGGAGGGAAAGAAUGUGGUCGUGACCGGCCGCAAGAUCAUCGGGGCCACCAACCCUGCAGAGUCUGCCCCGGGCACCAUCCGUGGCGAUUUCGCCAUUGAGAUCGGCAGGAAUGUUAUUCAUGGGAGUGACUCAAUUGAGAGUGCAAGGAAGGAGAUUGCUUUGUGGUUCCCUGAAGGCAUCGCAAACUGGGAGAGCAACCUCCACCCUUGGAUUUAUGAGUAGAUGACGGCGGCUGCUUAGUUUGCAAAAAAAUUCAGGGUCUAGUUGUAUAUUUUAAUUUCCAGUUGAUGGAAUUUCAGUUUUGACUUUAAGCUUUUAUCAGUCCCUGUUACUGGUCGAAGCGUGGAUUUCAAAAUCUGGAUGCGUAUUGAACUCAUCAUAUUGGUGCAUUGCGUGAUUGUCAUUUUAAUAUGCAUGCUUAUUAUUUAUAACAUGCUGGCCUGCUGCUUAUCUCA